AUGGCCACUACUGCAGAGGCCGAACGGCAGGAUCUGGACGAGGCCAGCCCUGAUCUCAAGACUGCUGCGACAGCGACAGCGACAGCAACAACCACCGAGAGACACGCGCCUACCACUGAAGAAAGUGACCUGCAAGCUGAGAGCGAAAGUGAUUUCCGCGACGAUGAUUCAGCGAUCGGCGACGAUGCUGCAAGUAGCACAGCAUCCAUCAAUUCAAGCAUCAUGCAAUAUCGCACUGAGAACGGAAGAACCUAUCAUUCUUUUAGAGAGUCGAUCAACUAUGUACUCCCUAAUGACUCGUCUGAACAAGAACGUCUUGACCUUCAACAUCAUCUCUUCACACUUACCCUCGGCGGAAAGCUGUAUCUGAGCCCAUUGCAAGAUGGCGACAAGCCUAUAGGACGCGCUCUCGAUGCAGGAACAGGAACUGGUGUCCUUGGAAUCGAUCUCAGCCCUAUCCAACCAAACUUCCUUCCAACAAACCUCGAAUUCCAAGUCGACGACCUCGAAGACGAGUGGACGUACAACUACAAAUUCGACUUUGUAUUUGGCCGCAUGCUCACCGGAUCCAUUGGCAACUGGCCCAAGUUCUUCCAGCAAUCCUUCGACAGCCUUAACCCAGGUGGCUGGGUCGAGUGUCAAGACAUCACCUUCCCCGCCGCAUCAGAUGACGGCACUCUUGUCAAGGGAUCCUACAUCGACCAGUGGUCCGAUCUCAUGACCGAAGCAGCAAGUAAUUUUGGCAGGUCGGCAGUAAGCGCAAAGUUGUAUAAACAACAAAUGAUUGACGCGGGCUUUGUUAAUGUGACAGAGGUCGUGUACAAGUGGCCUACCAACAGAUGGCCUGCGGAUCCUUAUUACAAGGAACUUGGUUUCUGGUGUAACCAUAAUAUCGCCGGCGAACUUUCCGGUCUUUCCCUAGCCCUUUUCACAAAGGGCUUGGGCUGGAGUGUUGAAGAGGUAGAGGUAUUUCUGGCCAAGGUCAGAGUUGACAUGAGGGAUAGACGCAUCCACGCAUGGUGGCCCAUACACGUCGUUUAUGGACAGAAGCCGGAAUUUUGA